CUUUACGAAAGUCAAUUUGAUUAAUAUCCAAAACUAAAUUAAGCUUGUCUAUAUCAUACCACUUAAGAAGCGGAAGCUAUAAGAUCGAGCACUAACUAUCAUAAGAUGGUGGUGAUAUUUUCCAUAGUCAAUCACUGUAUAAUAAACUAAUAUGAUCAAUAAAAACAGACAAAGAACUCCUAAAUAUAAGUGAAAAGAUCUAGAUGAUCCUAAAUCAAAUGAAAUAUAAUCAAAUUUAGAUAGUGAAAUCUAGAUCUUAGUCUAGGCAAUCAAUAUUCUUUAAUGUAUUAAUAUAGUAUUAUCUCCUAACACAAUUCAAUAUAUAAUAGUAAUAAAAAUAGCAUAGCUAGCUAGAACAAGAAAAAUUACCAAAUAAAUAAAAAUACCCCAUGUAAACUAGAGUCAAUUGUCCUACAUCAUAUUCAAUUAUAUAUCAAAUAUUUUACUUCGAAGAAAUCUACAUAAAUGAAAAUAAUAUAUGAAAUUUCCCCUACUUUUAUAUUAUCAUUGUAAUUAUCAUUAAUUUGUAUACUAUAAACUCCUAAGUGAGGCUAAUCCGUAAGAAUAUAAUAUAAAUAAUACUACUCCACAUACAUAGUUAUUUCACACAUUACUCAAAUUAAACUACAAAUGCUAUUAUGGCCACUAGCCCUAGAGUAAUGCUUCUUUUAUUCAUCCUGAUCAUUUACAUGGUGGCGGCACCACCGCCAGCUAAGGCGGUGAUCACGUGUGACACCGUGUACGAUGGUGUUAAGCCAUGUCUUAACUAUGUCUUGUUUGGUGGAAUAGUCUCGACAGAUUGUUGUAAUGGACUUGAAUCUGUUAUUGCUUCUGCUACUACUAUCGCAGAUCAUCAGAGCACGUGCUCGUGUAUAAAGAGUCUUGCAUCGCAAGCCACGGACGAUGAACUUAGUCGCGCUGCUAGUAUCCCUGGACAAUGUGGAGCAACCAUUCCUUUCGAGAUUAGCCCAAAUGUUGAUUGCUCAAAGGUGAAGUGAAAGAAAA